GAGUGUCCGCGGCGGGGGACGCUCGGGCCUUUUUGCUCUUCGAGGUCGCGGGCCGGGACCUUAUGCGACGCGCCCGCGAGGGACUGGGGAUCGGGAGCCCGGGCGGCGCGCGGCGGAGGCGGAGGGUGGUGCUGCAGCUGCGGGAGCCCGAGAGCGGCCGGCAGGAGGCACCGGCGGCGGCGGCGGAGGAGGCGGAGGAGGAGGCGGCGGCCGCGAGGACUUGAACUUGGCGGCGGCAGCGGGCGCCCCGGACGCCCCCCGCCGGGGCCGGGGCGCCGUGGGACCUGGGAGGCAGCGUUGCCCUCCGAAUGGCCGCGGCGGCGGCGCACCGGGCUACCGCGCCGCGGCCCUAGGUGGCCUCUCGCCAUGGCCAAGUGGCUGAACAAGUACUUCAGCUUGGGCAACAGUAAGACUAAGAGCCCUCCGCAGCCGCCGAGGCCCGAUUACCGCGAGCAGCGGCGCCGGAGCGAGCGGCCCUCACAGCCCCCCCAGGCCGUGCCGCAGGCCGCCUCGGGAUCCUCGGCAUCCUGCGGGCCGGCCUCUGCCUCCUGCUUCUCGGCCUCGUCGGGCUCUCUGCCCGACGACAGCGGCAGCACGAGUGACCUCAUCCGCGCCUACCGCGCGCAGAAGGAGCGCGACUUCGAGGACCCCUACAACGGGCCGGGCUCCUCUCUGCGCAAACUGCGCGCCAUGUGCCGCCUGGACUACUGCGGCGGCGGCGGCGGCGGCGGCGGGGAGCCCGGCGGGGGCCAGCGCGCUUUCUCGGCCUCGUCCACGUCGGGCGCCGCGGGCUGUUGCUGCGCGUCCUCGGGCGCGGGCGCCGCGGCGUCCUCGUCCUCAUCCUCGGGGUCCCCGCACCUUUACCGCAGCAGCAGCGAGCGGCGACCCGCCACGCCAGCGGAGGUGCGCUACAUCUCUCCCAAGCACCGACUCAUCAAAGUGGAAAGCGCCGCCGCGGGCGGAGCUGGGGACCCCACGGGGGGCGCCUGCUCCGGCGGCCGCACCUGGAGCCCAACAGCCUGUGGAGGCAAAAAGCUGCUCAACAAGUGCGCCGCCUCGGCCGCGGAGGAGAGUGGGGCCGGCAAGAAGGACAAGGUGACCAUAGCUGAUGACUACUCAGAUCCCUUUGAUGCCAAGAAUGAUCUCAAGAGCAAAGCAGGAAAGGGAGAGAGUGCUGGCUACAUGGAGCCCUAUGAAGCCCAGAGGAUCAUGACAGAAUUCCAGAGGCAGGAAAGUGUCCGGUCCCAACACAAAGGCAUCCAAUUGUACGACACCCCUUAUGAGCCCGAAGGCCAAAGCGUGGACUCAGACUCAGAGAGCACGAUGAGUCCUCGACUGAGGGAGAGCAAGCUGCCCCAAGAUGAUGACAGGCCCGCUGAUGAAUAUGACCAGCCAUGGGAGUGGAACCGGGUCACCAUCCCUGCCCUGGCAGCCCAGUUCAAUGGCAACGAGAAGCGACAGUCAUCCCCCUCACCUUCAAGGGACCGACGACGCCAACUUCGUGCUCCAGGAGGGGGCUUCAAACCAAUCAAACAUGGGAGCCCUGAGUUCUGUGGGAUUCUGGGAGAAAGAGUGGAUCCUGCUGUCCCAUUAGAGAAGCAGAUAUGGUAUCAUGGAGCCAUCAGUAGAGGAGAUGCUGAGAACCUGCUGCGACUCUGCAAGGAGUGUAGCUACCUUGUCCGCAACAGCCAGACCAGCAAACAUGACUACUCUCUGUCCCUGAAGAGCAACCAGGGCUUUAUGCACAUGAAACUGGCCAAAACCAAAGAGAAAUACGUGCUGGGUCAGAACAGCCCUCCAUUCGACAGCGUCCCGGAAGUCAUCCACUACUACACCACCAGAAAGCUCCCCAUCAAAGGAGCCGAGCACCUGUCCCUCCUCUACCCAGUGGCUGUGAGGACCCUAUGAGCGCCCUGCUCCGUGACAGGGCUGAGACUUGGAGGAGCUGGCCCGGCGCCCACCAGCACAGCUGUGUCGCCGGCUGUGUCCAGUUUGUGUUGUGUGUAUGGUACUAGCACACCACUGCAUGUCUUAGAAUGCUGUUGCCACUUCCCCUGGCGGGAAGGGUCCUGGAUGAAGAGGGACUGCCAGCCACCUGCCCGCCGCCCCAGCCCCCAUCCCACCCCCUCCUUGAGUUUCUGUGAAUUAAAAUAUUUGCAAUCCAAAGAGAUGCCUUCCAGGAUGAACAAAGGCAGAGCAGCUCCAGUGAUGGGCGGAGCGGAUAUCCCUGGGCUGCAUCUCUUUGUUCUCUCUAGCUGUCACAAACUCACACCUGUGUAGGGCAAACUUUUCCCACUGGUGCUGGGGGCUCUCUGGUGUGUGUGUGUGUGUGUGUGUGUGUGUGUGUGUGUUUCUGGGUGCACAGUGGGCACAUAGGUGAGAGAACAUAGUCACAGACACAGAGGAUAAGUCCCCGUCUACUUUUAGUCACUCAGUGUAAUCAUUAGAUCCUCAAGGAAUCAUUGUGCAGUCAGAAAAAGGAUGCAAUUAUUUAUGAAUAGGGUGUGUAAAUAAAAUAGUCAUUUAAUAUA